CAUAAUAAUUAGAGACGCGCGAUCGAAAUCUUAUUUGUUUUGAGAACAACCAAUUGAGUUGUCAGAAAGUGGUACGGAUUUUGCCCGCAAAGUUUCUAUAUACAUGAAUCAGACAGAACACUCCAAGUAAACACAUCAUCUCAACGACGAUCAUGGCGGCUCUCGAUAAUUUAGAAGCGAAAUGUAAUGUUUUGAAAAAAGAAUGGGAUAAGAGAUCGCCUAAUUUGAAAUUAUGUGGAGACAUGUUAAAAGAACUCAAGAUUUUGUUAACACAAUUAUCUUUCCUACCAACAAGUGAUCUUGGAGGCAAGGCACAUGAAAGAGAAUUAUAUCUUGCUCGGGAUAUCCUUGAAAUUGGUGCUAAAUGGAGUGUAGCCAAUCAUGACAUACCAUCAUUUGAACGAUACAUGGCACAGCUUAAAAAUUAUUACUUUGAUUAUAAAUAUAGCAUAAAAGAAUCACAGAAUAUGUAUGAUCUCCUUGGAUUGAAUCUUAUGUUCCUUCUUUCUCAAAAUAGAGUUGCAGAAUUUCAUACAGAACUUGAGCUGCUACCAGCAGACCGACUUGAAGUUGAUCCAUGUAUACUGGUUCCACGUCAGUUAGAACAGUGGCUAAUGGAAGGCUCUUAUGACAAAAUUUUUAGAAACGCCCAAGGAACAAUUUAUUCAAAGAAUUUUUUCAUGGACAUUUUGUUGAACACAGUUAGAGACGAAAUUGGAGCUUGUGUGGAAAGUGCUUUUGAUAAAAUUUCAAUUGAAGAUGCAGCUAGAAUGCUAAAUUUAAAUACUAAAGAAAUCAUGCAGUAUUGUGCAAAGAAAAAUUGGACAUUAGCAAACGAUGGAUUUAUACAUUUUGAGGCACUUAAUGAAAAGAAACAUGUUGAACCAAUACCAAGUGCUGAUCUUGCAACUUUAACCAUUGAUUAUGCUAGGGAACUUGAAAAAAUUGUUUAAAGAUAGAUUUUGAUCUUAUUAAAAAUAAAAAAUUAUUCUAUAAACCAUUGUUGUAACAACAAAUGUAAUAAUACCCGAAGUAAGUUAUUAUUAAUUGAUGAUAAUAACUAUUUCUGAAACUAAAAAAUGUAUUUUAAUUAUGAACUAAAUUGUAUAUUUUACCAAAAAUUCAUCCAUUUCCUGGUUCACAUCUUAUUAUUUGAUACUUAAAAAAUGAAUAAGUUUAAUGAUGAUUGGAUUUGCUAUAUUAUCAUAUUUAUGAUCAUUAAAAUAAAAUAUUUUUAUAUUCAGUACAAA